AUGGGACAAUCACUUAAGAAUGAAAUUGAGAGAGAAUCUAUGAAAGUAAUACCUUAUGCUAGUGCAAUUAGAAGCUUGAUGUAUGCACAAGUUUGCAGUAGACCUAACAUUGCUUUUGCAAUUGGUGUUCUUGGUAGAUAUCAGUCUAAUACUGGAAAAGAACAUUGGAUUACUGCUAAAAGGGUUAUGAGAUAUCUCAAAGGAAUUACAGAUUACAUGUUGACAUAUAAACAAGUUGAGCAUCUUGAAUUGGUUGGAUAUACUAAUUCUGAAUUUGCCGAUUGUUCAUAUAAUCAGAAAUCCACAUCAGGAUAUGUUUUUAUGUUAGCUGGCGGAGCUGUGUCUUGGAAAAGUGUUAAGCAGACUAUAGUAUCAUCUUCUAAAGUGCAAGUUGAGUUUAUAGCGUGUUAUGAUAAUUCUGCAAACAACAGAAAUGGCUUUCUGCAGAAGUUCUUCAUUGUAUCAAAACAGCUUCAAUGA